UCGUGAAUCUGCUUCUCUCAUGAAAAACUGCCAUAGCUGAAGGGAAAAAAGGGGUUAAGAGAGCGCAGAGAUACUCAUAUGAAGAAGAAAUAGGCUCUAUGAACAGUAGGAGGAGUGAGAGAGAGUUAUAUGGUGUUCGAGAUGCGAGCCAAGUCCGGUAGAAAGGGAACCUUCUCCGUACUUCUCCUCUUCCUCCUUUUGAUUCUCAUUUUGCCCAGUAUUUAAUUCGUUUCUCUCUUCUCUUCGCUUCGCCCCCUUGUUCUUCCAUCUCACUCUUUUCUAUUUUACCUUUUCUCCGUUUUCCCUGAUUUUCAAGCUUUGAUCGAGAAGAAAGUCAACAUUUUUUAUGGGUUUUGUUCCUUUCCUCCUUUUCUUUAACCGAUCGAGUUUUCAUGGGUUUUAGUCUCGGAUCUGUUUGUUGGUCCAUGACUACUCAAAGGUUGCCUGAUGGUAGUUUGGGGGUUUGAUCUAGGGUUUUUUCUUACCUCUCUCUCUCCCCAUAAAGAAUCAUAUGGUGUUGUUAUCCGACGGAGUGAUCUGGUGUUGCGACAUGGAAUUGUUGCAAGUCUUCCUUUUGCUUUGAAGUAAAAAAAGAGAGGAAAGAUUCUAAUCUGUUGCUGAGCCAAAUCUGCCCACCAUUUUUGUUGUGGGAUUUUUUUUUCUUUUAACAAUCUUCACAUCCCUUACAAAUCGAAGUCACAGAUACUUGUCGGUUGUUUCUAAUCUGGAGCAUAUUGGGGGAGUUUAUGGGAAUACCCGAUGGUUCACUGCUAGAUCUAAUUGAUAAGGUUAGGUCUUGGAUAACUUUGGGCUCAAGCGAUCCUUUGUGUUUAUCCGGAGACUUUGAAAUGCCAAACCUUUCCAAAAUGUGCAAUGAUUGCGGGACCAAGUCGGAGGGAACAGUUUUAUUCCACGGAUGCUGCUGCCAGAGUUGUGGCAGAUGGUGGUGUGAGAACUGUAUGAGUUAUCCGAAUGAGACAGAUGAGAGGGAAUGUAAGAAGAAGCUGUGCAGAGCGUGCGUUGGGAAUGUAUUAGGGGGCAAGUCCUAUGAAAAGGUAUAUCCACGCGAGAGCCCAGAACCACCUUCCCCUUCUGGAAUUGAAUCUGUUCAAAGUGACAAUCUUGCUUCAAGUCUCCAAGCCCCGGAUUGCAGGUCUUCGCCUCAUGCCAUGGCUAACAGGAAUAUGUCCUCCAUCCGUUGCUAUCCUUGCAGGGCGGAGGAAGUGGAGGCAGAAUGUUCUGGCAAACAGUUUUUAAGCCCCUCAAGUGAAUACUAUCAGGACACUUCAGAUAUAGAUUCAGGUAGUGUUAGUGCUAGGCAUGACCUUUUUAGUUGUAAAUCUUCUGGGUCCAGUCCUUGCGACAGUCCAUGUAGGAACGAUUUUAGUCCUCUUGGGCGCUUUGUACAGCAUGGGAAAGAGCUUAGCCCCAUCACCGGUUCUUUUGUUCAAGAACCCAUGGCUGUUUUAAGAAAGCCAAAUCCAAGGGCCAUGGAUCUAGAAAAUCAUGACGUCCUUCAUUGUCAAGAGCAUAAGUCGCAACAACAGACGUUGGAUUUUGAGAAUAACGGCCUUAUCUGGUAUCCUCCGCCACCUGAGGAUGAGAAUGAUGAAGCUGAAAGUAAUUACUUUGUGUAUGAUGACGAAGAUGAUGCUAUUGGGGACUCUGCUACGGAGUUUUCAUCUAAUAGCAGCUUUUCUAGCCACAUUCCAGCGAGAGAGAAGCUGGGUGAAAGCCAUAAGGAACCUCUUAAAACUGUGGUACAUGGUCACUUUAGAGCUCUUGUGGCCGAGUUAUUACGUGGGGAGGGGCUUAAUCCUAGUAAUGAAGGCAGUGGUGGAGAUUGGCUGGACAUUGUUACUGCUUUGGCAUGGCAAGCUGCAAAUUUUGUGAAGCCGGAUACUCGUGCCGGUGGCAGUAUGGAUCCCGGUGACUACGUCAAAAUAAAAUGUAUAGCCUCGGGAAGACCAAACGAGAGCAUCCUCAUUAAGGGUAUAGUUUGUAGCAAGAACAUUAAGCACAAACGCAUGACAUCACAGUACAAAAAUCCACGCUUGCUGCUCUUAGGUGGGGCUCUUGAAUAUCAGAGAGUUACUAGCCAGUUAGCAUCUUUUAACACAUUGCUUCAACAGGAAAAUGAUCAUUUGAGGACAAUUAUAGCAAAAAUUGAGUCUUUGCGUCCUAAUGUUUUGCUGGUAGAGAAAAGUGUAUCUUCAUACGCACAGCAAUAUCUUCUAGAGAAGGAAAUCUCGUUGGUGCUUAAUGUGAAAAGGUCAUUACUGGAGCAAAUUGCCCGUUGCACUGGUGCUCUUCUUUGUCCCUCAGUAGAUAGUAUAUCCACUGCUCGGUUGGGCCACUGUGAGCUGUUCCGAACAGAGAAAGUGAUGGAACAGCAUGAAGUUGGCAGUCAAUUCAACAGAAAACCGUCCAAGACAUUGAUGUACUUUGAAGGGUGUCCUAGACGCCUUGGUUGCACGGUUCUGCUGAGGGGCAGUUGCCGUGAGGAACUGAAGAAGGUUAAAGAUGCAGUUCAGUAUGCUGCAUUUGCGGCUUAUCACUUGUCACUGGAAACUUCAUUCCUUGCAGAUGAAGGUGCUUCUCUGCCUAGAAUGAUAUUGAAGCAACCGAGAAUUGCACUAACAACAACAGAGAUGAGAAUGCUGGAUGGUGGCAUUUCCUCAAUAACUCAUUCUCCAACAAAAACCAGUUGCCAAACUGUAAUUGAUACUGCUAUACAUGAAGAUCAACUCUUGGCCCACACAGCAGAGCAUGAGGUGUCUGAAUCACUGAGUGAGGAUUUUCAUCCUGGCCAGAUUUUCCCUUCAUCUUCUGGUACAGUAUCGUGUAUAGUUGAUUCACAGCAUUCUGAUGCCUUAAACAAAGAUUUACCCAAUAAUUUGGUUAUUGGUUCAUAUCUCUCAAAUCAGUUAAAAGGUUUGCAAAUCUCCUCUAUACCCUCAAGUAUAGAAAUUCCAGAGUCACAUACCCAAGUAUUGAUAGGUGAAGAAGAUAACCAAUUAGAGGAAACUCAUGAUUUGCUGCAAAAUGAGAAAUUUGAUGAAAAUGAUGUUUCGAGCGAGUAUUUCUCGGCUGCUGACUCUCAUCACAGUAUAUUGGUCUCUUUUUCGAGCCAUUGUGUGUUGAAAGAAUCUGUUUGUGAACGUUCCCGGCUGUUGAGGAUUAAGUUUUAUGGGUCCUUCGAUAAACCUCUCGGAAGAUAUCUCCGGGACGAUCUUUUUGACCAGGUGACUUCUACCUGUAGAUCUUGCAAAGAGCCUGUUGAUGCACAUGCCCUCUGCUAUACUCACCAGAAUGGAAAUCUUACUAUCAUUGUUAGGCGCCUCUCUUCAAUGAAGCUUCCUGGAGAACAGGAUGGGAAGAUAUGGAUGUGGCACCGCUGCUUAAGAUGUGGUAAAGUGGAUGGAGUCCCUCCUGCUACUCGAAGAGUGGUUAUGUCUGAUGCUGCUUGGGGACUAUCCUUUGGGAAGUUUCUGGAACUUAGCUUUUCAAAUCACGCAACUGCAAAUCGUGUUGCAUCCUGUGGCCAUUCGCUUCAGAGGGACUGUCUGCGUUUUUAUGGAUUCGGGAGUAUGGUUGCGUUCUUUAGGUAUUCCCCUAUCGAUAUACUUACUGUCUGCCUGCCCCCGUCUGUGCUUGAAUUCAACAGCCACCAUCAACAUGGGUGGAUACGGAAAGAGGCGGCAGAGCUUAUGAGUAAAAUGCAGACUAUGUAUACUGAGAUAUCUGAGACCCUCAACAGCAUGGAAGAGAAAAGCAGCUCUAUUGAGCAGGAACUAUCUGAUGCCUAUGAUCUGCAGAGCUGCAUAAUGGACCUUAAAGAUCAGCUUUUAAAAGAGAAAGAUGAAUAUGAUGAUGCUUUGCAACCUAUUUUUGUGGAGAAUAUUCAAGAAAGUCAGAGUACUUUGGAUAUUCUAGAGCUAAAUCGUUUGAGACGCGCACUUCUGAUUGGUUCUUAUGCUUGGGAUCAUCAACUCUGCUUGUUAAAUUCUCGACUUAGAAAAGCAUGUGCCAUUAAAGCUUCUGAUGGUGAUGUGUCUGGACAUCCAGAAUUACAGCAUCGUCCAAAGACUGGUCUUGGACCGAAUGAGGGUCCAUAUGACAGAGAAGAUGUACUUUCUGAUUCAGAAGCUAUUACUGAUAAUAAAGACUCAGGAAACACGCUCUCCCCAGCUUCUUCGUUGUCUGAGAGGAUAGAUUCAGCGUGGUUAGGCACAUGUAAGAGUCUAGAGAAUGCUCAACCAAUGCCUGAGGCAGAAGGCUUUUCGGCUGUUAACUCUCCCCUUCAGAGGUUAGCCAGGCCGAUACGGGUUCAUUCAUUUGAUUCUGUGUUGCGAUACCAAGAACGAAUCCAAAAAGGUUUGCCUCCGUCUUCAUUGUAUCUCUCGACGCUCAGAUCCUUCCACGCUUCUGGAGAGUAUCGAAACAUGGUGAGGGAUCCUGUCACUAAUGUGAUGAGGACUUACACGCAAAUGUUGCCGCUUGAAGUAAAAAGGUUGAAUCUUAUUGUUGGUACAACGCCCACAUACAUCUCUUCUGCAUCGCACAUGGCUGAUGGGGCUCGGUUCCUAAUUUCCCAAGACUGUCUCAAUGAUAUUGUGAUUCCUGUCUAUGACGAUGACCCUGCCAGCGUCAUAUCAUAUGCUCUUAGUUCCAAGGAAUAUGGGGGCUGGGUUGCUGAUAAGGGUGGUGGCAUUGACAGGAACAGACAGACCUCACCUGCCUUCAUGUCCUGGCGUUCAUUGGGGUCAGUGGAUGUUGAUUUCAUUCACUACACAGCCUACGGGUCUCAAGACGAUAAAAAGUCACCGCAUUUGACCAUUUCCUUCAUUGACGACUCUUCUGCAACUGAAGGGAAGGUGAAAUUCUCUGUCACAUGUUAUUUUGCAAAGCUGUUUGAUUCUCUGAGGAAUAAAUGCUGUCCAAGUGAAGUGGACUUUGUGAGAUCCUUAAGCCGCUGCCAGAGGUGGCGUGCCCAGGGUGGAAAAAGCAAUGUUUACUUUGCCAAGUCAUUGGAUGAGAGAUUCAUCAUAAAGCAGGUCAUAAAGACAGAGCUAGAAUCUUUUGAGGAAUUUGCACCCGAAUACUUUAAGUAUCUGACGGAUUCGCUCAGUUCUGGAAGUCCGACUUGCCUUGCUAAGGUCCUCGGUAUCUAUCAGGUAUCUAUCAAACAUCUGAAUGGUGGAAAAGAGAUGAAAAUGGACUUGAUGGUGAUGGAGAACCUCUUCUACAGGAGAGGCAUAACUAGGAUCUAUGAUCUCAAGGGAUCAGCACGGUCACGGUAUAACGCAAACACAUCAGGGGGAAACAAAGUUCUGCUGGAUAUGAAUCUGUUGGAGACACUCCGGACUGAACCCAUUUUCCUUGGGAGCAAAGCGAAGAGAAGCCUGGAGAGGGCCAUAUGGAAUGAUACCUCCUUCUUGGCCUCCGUGGAUGUGAUGGACUACUCUCUACUGGUCGGGAUAGACGAGGAGCGUAAAGAGCUGGUAUUGGGGAUCAUCGACUUCAUGAGACAGUACACAUGGGACAAGCACCUCGAGACUUGGGUCAAAGCCUCCGGCAUCCUCGGAGGUCCCAAGAACGCUUCUCCCACUAUUAUUUCGCCAAAGCAGUACAAGAAAAGGUUCCGUAAGGCCAUGACGACGUAUUUUCUCACCGUCCCUGAUCAGUGGUCUUCCUGAAUGAAACCCUUCAACCACCCCUACCCCUAUCUGUUCAUCAAUAAUGCAAUUGGGCACAGACACCUCUUCGGAGCUCACCUAUAUCUCCUUUGUUUUUCUUUUCUCUCUUGUGGAUUGAUUUCUCCGAGUCUGGAGAAUGUAUAUUGUAAUCACCGGCAAAGUGAACCCAUAACCAAAGAAAAUACGAGAUGAAUGUAUACAUUGCCUUUUAAA